GGUUGUUGGGGGAGCGGCCGACUGAGUAGCGGGUGUAGAACGGUGCAGCCACUGUCUUCUUCGCCACCAUGGGGGCCCAGCUGAGCACGUUGAGCCGCGUGGUACUCUCACCUGUCUGGUUCGUCUAUAGUCUCUUCAUGAAGCUGUUUCAGCGCUCCUUACCAGCCAUCACCCUCGAGAACCCUGACAUCAAGUACCCUCUGCGGCUCAUCGACAAGGAGAUCAUCAGCCAUGACACUCGGCGCUUCCGAUUCGCCCUCCCUUCGCCCCAGCACAUCCUGGGCCUUCCUGUCGGCCAGCACAUCUACCUCUCGACUAGGAUCGAUGGCAACUUGGUCAUUCGGCCCUACACCCCUGUGUCUAGCGAUGAUGACAAGGGCUUUGUGGACUUGGUGGUCAAGGUUUACUUCAAGGACACCCAUCCCAAGUUUCCAGCUGGAGGGAAAAUGUCUCAGUACCUGGAGAACAUGAAUAUUGGAGACACCAUUGAAUUCCGGGGCCCCAACGGGCUACUUGUCUACCAGGGCAAAGGGAAGUUCGCCAUCCGGGCAGACAAGAAGUCCAACCCUGUUGUCAGGACGGUCAAGUCUGUAGGCAUGAUUGCAGGAGGGACAGGCAUCACCCCAAUGCUGCAGGUGAUCAGAGCUGUCAUGAAGGACCCAGAUGACCACACUGUGUGCUAUCUGCUCUUUGCCAACCAGUCCGAGAAGGACAUCUUGCUGCGGCCUGAGCUGGAGGAACUGAGGAAUGAACAUUCUGCUCGCUUCAAGCUCUGGUAUACAGUGGACAAAGCCCCUGAUGCCUGGGACUAUAGCCAGGGCUUCGUGAAUGAGGAGAUGAUCAGGGACCACCUUCCACCUCCCGGGGAGGAGCCACUGAUACUGAUGUGUGGACCCCCACCGAUGAUUCAGUUUGCCUGUUUGCCAAACCUGGAGCGUGUGGGCCACCCCAAGGAGCGAUGCUUCACCUUCUGAUGGCUGGGCGCUGGCCACUCCCAUGCCUGCUGCUCACGCACUCACCACAACCACCUGUCCACCCUUCCUUCCCCACCACUGUCCCUCACCCUGACAUACACCAACAUCCAUGCUGGGGCCUGGGUUCAGCCUGGCCUGCCCAGCCCUGGUCAUCCAGCUGUUCUGGCCCCUGAGGGGCCCCUUUGGGAGCAGGCCUGUAUAUCAGGUGGCUUCUGUUGACCACUCUCUCAAUAGGCUUCUGUCUGGUACUAACUGGCCAUUACCAGAGAUAUCCCAUGACCACCCCCUUACACACACACACAGAGAGAGAGAGAGAGAGAGAGAGAGAGAGAGAGAGAGGAAGAAGGAGGAAGAGGAGGAGGAGGAGGAGGAGGAAGAGGAGGAGGAGGAGGAGGGAGAGAAAGAGAGAGAAAGGGGGAGAGAGAGAGAGAAGAAGCAUGAGUGCGUGUGAGAGCGAGCUGUCAGUCCCAUGUCUACCCGUUGCCACGGACCACAAUCUAUGGAAAGGAAACGAAAUGAAAGGCAAACAGUAACCUACAGUCCUAGGAACCAUGGCUGCCACCUAACCACCUACCUGCCUUAGGCCGUGGCCUAGCCUGUGCCCCUAAACACUACAUUAAACAGUGACACCCAAAGGUUCUCUUAGGAGGGUGUCUGGCAGUGACAGGGCAACACCCACUUGCUGGCCAGGGGUCCCUUGGGGCAGCACGUGGACCCUUCCAAACCCCCUACACUGCCCUCCCUCCAUGCAGCCUUGAGUGCCCUAAGUUGUCAGUCCAACAGAGUUUGGUAGACCUUGGGGUCCCUGGCUUGUUUCUCCAUCCCAAACCUCCCUCCUGUCUGGUCCCCAGCCUCGGGGAGGUCCUGAGCAGUGCCUCUUGUCUUGGAGACAGACCCGGUGCCUGACACUGCCGGCAGCAGGCAGCAGGCAGCAGGUAGCUUCCUGCACACUGGCUUUUUUAGUCGUUUAUGGGCAAAAAGAGUUAAAGUAAAACUUUGCAAAUCCUGA